AUGGCUCAUUCGUCUGACACGGCACGCAAAGACAUGACGAAUGGGGCUCAUCCCAGUGCCCAGCCAGGGCCCUCGGGCACCUCUACUCUACCACGCUACCUGCACAAGAAGCAGCAGCGGCAGAAGGGACUAAGAUCUUCCUCCCCUAUGGGCAGAGUCAUCCUCAUUAAUUCACCUGUUGAUGGUGGGGAUGACUGUGAAGACAUCCACACAAUUACUGUGGACAAAAGUGAGGAUGGCAGGCUGGGCUUCAGCGUGCGUGGAGGCUCUGAACACGGCCUUGGGAUUUUUGUCAGUAAGGUUGAAGACAACAGCUCUGCGGAACUGGCUGGCUUGACUGUUGGAGAUAAACUUGUGGAAGUGAAUGGCAUUAGCUUGGAGAACAUCACAAUGAGUAGUGCGGUGAAGGUCCUGACGGGAAACUAUCGUUUGAGAAUGGUGGUGAGACGCGUUGGGAAGGUGCCUGGCAUCCGCUACUCAAAAGAGAAGACAACAUGGGUAGAUCUGAUUCACCGAAGGAUGGUAGUGGAAGAGAGUGGUCGCACCCCCUCAGAAGCUAGUUCAGAUGUAGCCCUUCGCAGAAUAGUGCACCUUUACACAACCUCAGAUGACUACUGCCUGGGCUUCAACAUCCGUGGUGGCAAAGAGUUUGGCCUGGGCAUUUAUGUCUCAAAGCUGGACCCUGGCGGCCUGGCAGAGCAAAAUGGAAUUAAAAUGGGGGAUCAGAUUCUGGCAGCCAAUGGUGUGAGUUUUGAGGACAUCACACACAGCAAUGCAGUAGAAGUACUAAAGAGUCAUACUCAUGUGAUGUUGACUAUCAAGGAGGCUGGAAGAUACCCUGCGUAUAAGGAGAUGGUGGCAGAGUACAGCUGGCUUAAUAAAUUGGCUAAUGGGGGUCAGCCCUCCUCCUCUCAGGGAUCCGACUCCUAUUCCUCCACUUCCUCUCUGUCUUCCGGAACGCCAGUCAGCUCCCUCAGCGGCCUCUCGCAGGUCAUGUUCCCCCCUUUAUUUGGCUCGGAGAUGGUGGAUGUCUGUAUUUCCACUGAGGACCGUUCACGCAGGCCCAGCUCGGAACGGACAGAAACCGCAAUGCAGACCGAUCCGCAGGAGCUGGAAGCAUCAGUGAGAGCUAGUAGGGUCAUAACCGCAGAGACAAGUCGAACAGUGGGCGAAACUGUUCUGUUGAAAGACACUGUGAUCCGGAGUGGACACACCCAUUCUCAUACAAGGACCUUCUCUGCUGGGAAUAAAGAGGCUUUGGACUCGCCCAAAACUGCAGUCCUUAUGGCCUUGAGCAAACCUCGAAGACCCAUUCGCAGAUCCCAGAGUCACAUCACUAUAUCAGAGGACAAACAGAAGAAAAAGAAACGUCAAAAGGAUAAAGUGGAAGUUGAGGGAAGCACCCUGCAGCGCUCCAAAACGUUUGUCAGUCUGCUGUUUAAAAGUGGUCGCAGGAGGGAGCGAUCUUCCUCAAGGGACAGGAAGGUAACUGGGACAGUGGACGGACAAAGAGGAAGGUCCAAAUCCCCAAAACAUCUAGAUAAUGAACCGGGUAAAGAGCGAGGUCGAUCCAAAAUCAGCCUAUUGAGUUCUCCCAGAGAGACCCGAGCUGGUAUGAAGGCACACAGUCCUAUGCCUAGCCCAGAAACCAUGAGCAUGAUGGAGGACAUGGCCCACAAACUGCUCAAUGAGGAUGAGGUGGCUGCUGUCAUGAGACACUGUAAAAGAUUUCUGUCGCAGCGUGUGGUUGAGGAUUUGGUGCGCCCCCUGCUUGCCAUCCUGGACAGGCCCGAGAAGCUUUUACUGCUGAGAGAGAUCAGAAUGAUCAUCCCUCCUUCAGAACUAGGACGUUUUGACAGUAUGGUGUUACCCUUUGAGCUUGAAGCCUAUGACAUACUAAAAAGUCGUUCUGUGAGAUCUCCUGUCCUGCGUUCUCCUCGGCAUGGUGGAACACCCCGUCGCCAUUUAAUAACACCCGUCCCAGACUACAGGGGCGGAUUUCAAUUGCAGCCAGUGCAGGACCUGCAUAGAGAGCGUCAACUCUUAGAAGAUCUAGAACGUCUGCGCUUCGCAGGCCUACCUACCGGCCGUCUCCCUCCUCCUCGAACUUUCACACCUCUCCUGGAUGUACCGGUGGACACUUACAUCUCAGACUCAGUCAGCCAUCGUUCCCUGAGCCCCGCUCGGCCGCAGUCAGAUUUCCCUCACAGCUCAGAACGACCUGGACGUUCCCCUCAAAGAGACAAUGCUUUCCCCCAGGCAUCACACGAUGACUCUUUAUCCAGCAGGGGGGAUUCUGUUCAAGAGCGUGGAAGGUCUCCUUAUAGGAAUGGGCAUAGAAUGAAAACCCAGAAUGGAAAAGAGGUGAAGUACACCGUGAUGAGCGCACAGAGACGGAGCAGAACACCACUUACCCAAGUGUUUGGGACCAGCUCAGAUCAGGACUGGAGGGGAACUGUGAAUGGACACUCAAUCAGGAAAGAAAAGUUUUCAAAGCAGCAGUAUGAGCUUACCACGGUUUCUAUCUCCAAGUCUAAACAGUCCUUGGGCAUAAGCAUCUCAGGUGGGAUAGAGUCAAAGGUGCAGCCAAUGGUGAAGAUAGAGAAGAUCUUUCCAGGAGGAGCGGCCUCCACAAGUGAUGUUCUGAAGGCAGGAUUCGAGCUAGUGUCAGUAGAUGGAGAGAGCCUCCAAGGUGUCACGCAUCAGCACGCUGUGGAUGCAAUUCGGAGGGCUUUCAGCAACAAGGCCAAAGACCCAAUGGAGUUUAUCAUCAAAGUUCCAAAGAACCCAGGGGAAUGA